AUCCCCUCAAACCAGUUUUUGCCGGAAAAGCAAUCAUCAACUGAACCUUUCUUCAUAAUACUAGAGAGUCUGUCUAGAAAGACGACCGUCAAAUCGCCGUUACAAAUAUAACAGCAAGUGUGCCAAUCAUGAACACCAUGUCUACGGAUUCGUUGUCAUCAGAUUUUGCGACAUUUGACGCAGGAAUAAGUAUCACUUCAAAUGUGACAACUGCGUCAUUGAUAGAGAUCACGACACAAGGUGACGGUGACGGUCGUAACUUUCGCUUUGAAGACCCCGUACAGCGGAUCAUCAUCGGUUGCGUCUACAGCCUCGUGGCAGUCGUUGGCUUCGCUGGGAACUUCAUGGUCAUCCUGGCUGUCAUUCUGUCAAGGAAACUCCAAAGUCGCACCAAUGCCUUUGUCGUCAACUUGGCCGUGGCUGACUUACUGACUUGCUGUACUAUUCCGUUCACAGCAGUGGCUCUGUUUAGCUUGGGCGGAUGGCCUUCUGAAUUGCCUCUUCCAUUAUGUUCCUUCAUGGGCGGUCUCUACUUUCUUAGUCUUGGAGCAAGUAUCAUGAACUUGGCAGCCAUUGCCAUCAAUCGGUAUGUCCUCAUCACCAAGACGAGGUCUACCUACCGCUCCAUCUACACACCUAAGAAGAUUGCAGCUAUGAUGGUUUUUACAUGGGUUUACCCAGCUCUGGUUUGCAGUUUACCCUUCGUCGGCGUCGGUUUGUUUGGAUAUUCGGAGAAAUACAAGACCUGUAACCAAGACAACUCCUUGGAAACUAGCGAUCUCUUAAGCCUCCUGGGCUCAGCCCUUGUAUUCCCAAUUCCUCUGAUCGUCCUGGUGGUGUGCUACAUCAAGAUUUACCGCCACAUCAAAGGCCAUUUGACGAAGAUGAGGAAUAAAGGUGGAGAUUUUGAGAUGAGUGAGAUGUCAAGCAUCAGCGCCCCGAGUAGCACACAGCUCCAAAGGAAUCGAUCGGCCAGCUUCAGUAAGCGACAGGUGGAAAUCACGAAGAACCUGUUCUACGUGGUCUGUGCCUUCGUUGCUUGCCUGGCUCCCUUCGCCAUCGCCCUCAUGAUACCACCCAGCGAUCCAGUCAUUCCAUGGACCGGGAUGAUCAUCAUCUUCAACAGCGCUAUCAACCCGAUCAUCUACGGGGCCAAACACCCACACUUCAAGGAGGUGUUCCGUCACAUGUUGCGGUGCCGGUACCACAUGAUCCCCGAACCUUCUGGAUGCCUGAUCUGUCUGCAAAAGAUGAGAUCUAUUUGAAAAGUUUGUUUCUUCGAUAUACUAAUCAGUUCAAACCUGAGAACAUGGGCGUCGCCAGGA